AUGUUAGCAAUCAUUGCCAACAAGAAGUUAGUCUGGUGGUUAGGCAAUCACUUGAUAACCUUAAGGUUUCAGAAUGACCCAGAAACCAAAAAGUGCUUUUCAUUCCUCCCUCCUUUAUUUUUUCCUCUCUCUCUAGAACCUUUUUUGUAUUUGCGAGGGAGAUUGAAAAAAUUGGUAUUCUUGAGGGUAAAUAUCAAUAUGAGCUUAGUUUUUUUGGUAGUUCUUAUUACUAUUGUAUCAUCGUUGGUAAGAAUUGAUGGAGCGGCUGCAGAUGGGUGUGAUUUGUUCCAAGGGAAUUGGGUUUUGGACCCAUCGUACCCAAUGUACAACGAGUCGACCUGCCCGUUCCUUGAAAAAGAGUUCAACUGCGUAAACAAUGGCCGCCCAGACCGAUUCUACCUCAAAUAUAGAUGGCAGCCACAUGGCUGCCACGUUUCCAGAUUUGAUGGUCAAAACUUCUUAGAAAAACUAAGAGGGAAAACCAUAAUGUUUGUAGGAGACUCGCUUAGCCGAAACCAGUGGUUGUCGAUGCUAUGCAUGAUCCACUCGUCAAUGCCAACUACAAAUUACGCGGUCAAUAUCUCCUUGAUUCAAGAUAUGACCACUUAUACCUUUACGGAUUAUAAAGUAAAAGUCAUAUACCAUCACAACUUGUACCUAGUAGAUAUAGUGAAGCAAAGAUUUGGGAGGGUGUUGAAGUUGAAUACAUUGACAGCUGGCAAGUAUUGGUUGGACAUUGACUACUUAGUGUUCAACACGUGGCAUUGGUGGAACCGCAGAGGAGCCAGCCAACCAUUUGAUUACAUACAAGACGGGAGGCGCAUAUACAAGGACAUGGAUCGCGUAGUUGCUUUUGGAAAGGCGAUUGUUACAUGGGGUCAAUGGGUUGAUGCCAACGUUGUGCCGAACAAAACAAAAGUGUUCUUUCAAGGGAUAUCGCCGUCUCAUUACAAUGGGACUGAUUGGGGAGAACCAAAGGCAAAAUCCUGCUCCGGACAAAAAAUUCCUCUUCUGACAUCCACUUAUCCGGGAGUGUCACCUCCGGCAUUGGCAGUCCUUAAGACCGCGCUCAAAGGCAUCAAGAAACCCGUCACUUUGCUCGAUGUUACCAACCUUUCUCUACUACGAAAAGAUGGCCAUCCGUCGUCUUAUGGUCUAGGGGCGGUGGAUUGCAGCCACUGGUGCUUGGCUGGAGUUCCAGAUACAUGGAAUGUUUUACUUUACAACCUUAUGCUUUGAGAAAUUAAAGGAAAAAAAGAUAUUCAUAAUUCAAUUAUUGGAUUUACAUAAAGAAUAAAAUGAAAAGUGAUAAUAUACCAUUAGUAUAAAGAUAACAGCAUUGGGAAUUUAGUGAAUUGGGGGGCAUUAUAUAUUGUAGCUUUUGAGUAGAUACAGUUGCCAUGAAAAAAUAUGGCCAAUAUUCCAUUCUUUUUCAGUUCUUUAUAUAAAGAAAUGAAAUAUAUUCUUACUUGUGUUA